UCAGACACGAAUGAUGUCAUUAGUGACGAACAUUAGCCGUAAAAGGAAAAAUCCCGCUGCGUUUUGACCUACAAUAAGCACAUUCAUUCAGUCUUGAUACUCGUGCGUACUUUUGGUGUCGAAAGUCACGUCUCAGUGCGGUGACUUAAUCGGAAUUGCCUCUUUACAAUCUUAAGACGAAACCGAAGUGCCUGAUUCGCAUAUCACACCACGAUUCGCAAACCAUUUUACUUUAAUGCUCGAGCACAUUGUGGGAAAUACUUGUCUGAAGGAAUGGAAAAAGUGCGUUUUGCGGUAUAUUCUACUCUGCUCGUGCUAACUGGAACCACACAAACAAAGAGUGAUGGCGGUCUCCUGAGGAGCUACGCUGAUUCAAGUUACAUUUUCUAUGGGAGUAAUGGUACUUUGUACAGUUGGGACAAAAGCAGAACAAGCUGCGAAAGUUCUGGAUGUAACCUUGUUUCGAUUGAGAGUCGUGAGGAAUGGAAAUUCCUGAAGGAAACUAUGCAAAACAAUGGAACCUCUGAAUACUUCAUAGGAUUGAGGAAAGAUACAUCAACCGGAGAGUGGAGAUGGUUGAGUGACAACAGCACAGUUAACGCGUCCAGUAAAGGAAAGUGGCUCCCCUGGGCAGCAGGAGAACCUAACAAUCAGGGUGGCGAGAACUGUGCGGAGAUGUACAAUUAUGAAAACAACUUCGGGUGCUAUAAUGAUCUGCGGUGUGACGUACCAAAGAAGGGUGUUGGAUUCAUAUGUGAAUGUAAAGAUGGAGGAGAGAACAAAUCAGCGAAGGCGACGGCGUCCAUCUGGAUAGGUAACCGUGUUGGCGUCAUAACUGUUGAAGGCAUGACUUACCCAACAUAUCUGUCGAAACAAUAAUGUGAAUCAGUUCUGAAUGUAGGAAUGAAUCAAGUAAAGAGACAUGACUUUCCUCGACUUACCCUGAGCAACCCCUACUUAAUAGCACUCUAACUUAGAGUUUAUACAUGCAGGAGUUUAUACAUGCAGGAAAAUAGAGAGG